UAAAAAUGUCUCUUGGCUACAACUUUACCUUGAAGUUUGUCCUGAGUAUAAUAAUAGUGUCGAUUCCAUGUUAUAUGGGGCUAUUAGCAUGCCUAAUCCGGUACCUGAGGAUCCGGAGGGAUGGGAUCAAUAGGACGACAAGGUAUUCUAGACUAACCAAGAGCAAGCUCCUGCUGUGUUAUGCUACUGCCGUGCUUUAUGUUGCACCUAUUCCUGCUGCUUUUACUAUUGAGAAUUAUUGGCUUAAUUACAAACCAUAUCUGAGUCUGUUUUACUUAAUUUAUUCAGUUACUUGGAUGUUUAUGGGACUUUUAAUACAAAUGGAGCAUACUAGGAAUCUUAAUAAUGAAUGGUAUUGUCACAAAAUGUUUUGGAUACUUAGCCCUAUUUUCAUUUUAGCGAUGAGCCUGACUGUUAUAAUAAUGGCUGACUUCCCAGUAGACUAUUUUGAUUACACGUUUAUGGCUCUGGAGCUUCUCUGCAACUGAAUAGCGUUUGCAUUCAUGAUGAAAACAAAGAAAAGGCAAAGAAUUAUACCUCCAAGACGGGGUUCAAUGCAGGUAGCUGACUUUGAGUCUCAAAUUUCUUUCAAGGAAAAACCUAUCCAGGUCUAUCUUGAUUUUAAAAUCAAGAAGGAUGAAGACAUCUGUUUCAGAGUGAUGACCAACACAAUUGAUAAACAGGUCAAAAGGAAUUUCAACGAGUUCUUGGACGUAGAAAGUUAUCUUAUUGAAUAUAUCCGUGAAAAUAAUAGUAGGCAAAUUUAUGAAGUUCCUACCAUUGAUAAGAAGAGUUCUAAAGCAAGCUCUUUCUCUGGAAUCACACAAGCAGCUGAGAAUAGGUUGAAAUAAUAUUGAGAAUUUUCUAAUGAAAAUUUGUUCCCACAAGCAGUUCUGGUGUAAAGAAAUCCUGUUUUUCUUAGGGAUUGAGGACGAGCAUGAACAAAUUGAGCUUUUAUUACAGCAUAAGAACUCUCUUCCUAAAAAGAAGGCUAUGUACAAGAAGUUACAGAAGGAGCUGAUAGAACAUGAGAAUCAGCUACAAAUGGGUAAACCACCAAAGGAGGACAAAUAUCAACAUAAAGAGAAUAGCAAAGAUUCUAUCGAUAAUCUCAUGGAUGACUAUGGUAGUGGAACUUAUAUGGGAGAAAUUCCUGUGAUACUCCCUCAUGAGGAUCUAGAGCAGAGCAUUCUUGAUAAAAACCCAAAUCAUAAAAUGAUAAAGCCACUUGUAUCUGGCUGUAAGGUCAUUGGGCAUGAGUUAGAGUAUACGAUUGCAGUCGACUAUCUUGAUGGCAAUUCAUGGGAGAUUAUUAAGCCAUUUACAGAGAUAUAUGCCCACCGGAGCAAGGUUAGCAGAAAACAUCAGGAUUUAUCGAUCCCUGUUAUUUCUAGGUCUGGGGAUGUUACCGAUAAUGUUAUCAAGAAUAAAAGGAAAUAUGAGAUUCAGGAAUACUUAGACUACUUGCUAGAGUCUCAUAAAUGCUAUACAGAGUUACUAGACUUGAUUGAAUUUAGUAGAAAUUCUCGGGCUAUUACUUAUCAGAAGCAUGGUGAUAUUAGCGAGUCUAAAGAGUCAUCGAUAAACUCUCCUAAUAAUGAGGUAUCAAGCACGUCUAUUAAUAACCCUGACUCUCCAGGCGGAAAGAUUGUGGGAGAUAGCUUUAUUGAAGACGAAGGGAUGCUCUUUCAGUCGUAUAAUGGACAUAGGGCUUCUCCUGGCAGAACAUCUGAAUUUGGAUUUAAUAAUGGUGGCAGGGAGGAUUCGGAUGAAGAUUUUUAAUUAAUAAUAGUAUUGGCUUAUGAUCAGUUUUG